CGGAAGCCCAAACCUAAUUGAGCGAUCUUUCCUCUAAGCUAGCUGGUGUGCGGCUACAUGAAUGCAUAGCAAAAACACACCAGUCUGCUACUAUUACAACACUGCUGCAGGCGAUUCUGCAUCCGUCGUGCAAAAAUGUCGUCUGACAGAUCCUGGAGCUUCGCUGUAGCCGCAGUAGCGACCUUGUUCCUGCUGGAUGUUGUUUGUUUUGCACAGGCGAAGAACUUCGAGGAUGUUCGCUGCAAGUGCAUCUGCCCGCCAUACAGAAACAUCAGUGGCCACAUAUAUAACAGAAAUGUCUCCCAGAAGGAUUGUAACUGCCUCCAUGUAGUGGAGCCCAUGCCGGUGCCCGGCCAUGAUGUGGAAGCUUACUGCCUGUUGUGCGAGUGCAAGUACGAGGAACGAAGUAGCAACACCAUCAAGGUAACCAUCAUCAUUUAUCUGUCCGUUGUGGGUGCGCUGCUGCUCUACAUGCUGUUCCUGCUACUAGUCGAUCCUCUCAUCCGCAAACAUGACCCGUACACCCAACCUCUGCACAAUGAGGAGGACUCUGAGGAGAUGCGCCCGCAGGUGGACAGCGCCCAGGCCAGAGGCAACACAGUCCUGGAGCGGGUUGAGGGAGCACAGCAGCGCUGGAAAAAGCAGGUCCAGGAGCAGCGCAAAACUGUUUUUGACCGCCACAAGAUGCUUAGUUAAACUACCACUGACCUCAAACCAGGUUUAGAGUAGGUAACAUCCCCAGGCUCAGCGCUAUUACACCAGCUGCACUGUCACUAACCCUUUUGUCAUUGCUGUCUACUGCACCCUCUGAAUAAGUAUUUCCUCCCUGAGAAACAUUUAAACAUACUGAUCUAACAAGCAGAUCUUUCUUUUAUUUAUCAUGUGUAACACUUAAGGCUAAGUUGCAGUUGUUGAACAAAACUUUCGCUCUCUAAACUGCUAGAAAUCAUCUCAAUCAUUUCAGCAAUUUGCAAUGCAACUGAUUUUGAAUGUCUUGAUUUUCUCUAUUUAGCCAGACUGAAAAGUUUUUAAGCUUCCUCAUGCUAAUUUUUCCCCAUUAGCUACUUGCUAAAUCAGUAUAAUAUUAAGCAGUUUUCUUGUAGCAUAAUUGAUGAAGUUACCUCAGAACAGGUGAACUUUAUGUAUGUGAAUGGUCAGUUAAGCUAUUUGGUUAGAAACAGUACCCCACCUGUACUAUUGCCAUAUUAUUUUAGCACAAAUAAUAAUUUAUUUAUUAUAAUUAUUAUAAUUUAUUUGUCCCUCUUUUCUGUAAUUAUUUUCCUUGGCAUAUUUAGUAUCAAUUGCACUAAUAGGGUAAUAAUAGGAUUGUACAUUUUGAGCUUUGUAAUUUUAAAGCUUUGACAUUGCUACUUUUAAUAUAGCCCCAAUAUGUGCCUUUCCUGUUUCUCUCCUUGUGUGGGUGAAUUUGUUACAGCAAACUCCAGAACUUGGCACUUAAAUGUUAGCGAUUUACAGCUUGUAAGACAUAACGGAUGGUCACAGUGAGCUGGGCACAAGGCUUCAUUUUGUCCUGUAUUUUGCAGUUUGAUGGAACGUAUUUUCCCAUGCAAAGAGAGAAAUGGAGAAUGGGGCAUUUAAAAGAGCUUUAAAGCAUCCUCAGUUGAAUCAAAUCUCUGCCACUGGAGAAUGUCCUAAAUCAGUAAAACUGCUGAUAAUGCGUUUAAGGCAGAAUCAGGUUGCCUCAUGGCUUUGAGGGGCCCUCGUGUGCAUCGUUAUGUGUCAGUAAAUUCCCCCUCGUAUCUUACUAUUGAAGCUCCCUGUUGGGGAAUUUUUAAUACGACAAAGAAAGGCACACUGACUCGUAUUACCUCAUGUGAACUACUGAAGUUUAUUUAUCUGUAUGUUUUAUCAUUGAAGUGUUUUUAAUUGAUUGAUUUAAGUAUAAUUUCAUAUCACUGGUAUUAGUGAUUUUGUAUUUAUCUCCAGCCUAACUGGAGCAUCGCACUGUUCAUGUCUAUACAUUCAGCUUGAUGUUAAAUAAAAAAACAACACUGGGUGAGCUCG